GGUGCUUGUUGCUUGCUUUGCGGCGGCUGGAUUUAUCUGCGUUGACCACUUGCAAUCAGUCCGUCCUACUGCCCAAUACUCGCAAAAAGCCGACAAAACUUCAUCAUGGCGACACAACUGCUUCCAUUAGAGCUCAUCGACAAGUGUGUCGGCUCCCGCAUUUGGGUGAUCAUGAAGGGUGACAAGGAAUUCAGCGGGUUACUUGUGGGAUUUGACGACUACGUUAAUAUGGUCCUUGAGGACGUGACAGAGUUCGAUUACUCUGGGAACCACACAAAAAUGUCCAAGAUUCUCCUCAACGGAAACAACAUUUGCAUGCUGAUCCCAGGAGGCGAGGGUCCUCUACAGGCAUGACCGGGAGGAAACAAAGCUAUCUAAAACAUGACCGUAAUGCUCAAUUUGCAACCGGCCUCCAAGCCUGUGUUAGAGCUCAGGAGGGAAUAAACGCUGGAAGCUCUGGAUUGAGACCUUGCCCCGGCGAAAGUGCUGUACCUGCUCUGGAUCAGGUUGAUACGAGAAAGGUCCCUUAACUAAGUUGAACGAGGCCGAUAUAGUGGCUUGACGAAUGGGGACAUCAUGGAAGCAGUCAGGCGCCUGAUGAAAGACUCUGUUGAAUGUCUGGUCAUCGAUUCAAGAUGUCCCGGCCAGUCCGAAGUGUUAUGGCCCUCGAACUAAGACUGCCUGCAUACAUCCGCCGGGGCACCAAAUCCGCAAAAUCACAAACACAGAAAGUGAAAUUCAGGCAGCCUCUAAUUGACCAGCCAGAGAAGAAAUGCAGAAACUCCCCCAAAACGCCUACAUCAUGAUAUACGUGCUUUAGUUCUUGAGCCAUAUUCCCCCAGCCCUCAACUCCCGCCAGCCGAAAAAAA